GGUCCCCAGGGUGUGGUUUGAACUUGGGGUGGGGUGAGGGAAUGGAGACCCUGUAGGCAGUGAGAGGUUGGCGGUUUUUCGAGGCUCCAUGGAGGACCGUGGGGGUGUGGGGAGGACGGGGAGGGUGCAGUGUGAAGCUACCACAGGUCACCCUGUGGAAGACAGCGCCGCUGGCCAGGGCAGCUCCUGAGCAGAGAGCAGCAGGGAGACUGGAAGACAGCGCCGCUGGCCAGGGCAGCUCCUGAGCAGAGAGCAGCAGGGAGACUGGAAGACAGCGCCGCUGGCCAGGGCAGCUCCUGAGCAGAGAGCAGCAGGGAGACUGGAAGACAGCGCCGCUGGCCAGGGCAGCACUCCUGAGCAGAGAGCAGCAGGGAGACUCGUCUGGGGGAAAACUCUGAGGCUGGCUGGGGGCAGAGGUGGGGUCACCAGGGAGGGCUGGGAAUUCCUGGGUUCCCUGGGCAUUGAGAACCUCGGUCCCUGUCACAAUGGGCCAGGAUUCCAGGGACCAUCUAAACAGGUUCUGCGGAGCAGGCUCAGCACAGAGAGGGCAGGAGGUGAAGAGGGGUCCUGGAGGACCCCCAGGGCCGCCAUGAAGAUCCGCAAUGAGGCAGAGAUGGAGGAGCAGAUCCAGGAGCUGAAGACCAUCACUCGGCUCCAGGAGCAAUGUCGGGCGCUGCAGAUCCAGUCCGUGAAGGAGAAGACCGUCAAGAACAAGGCCACGCUGGCUCUCCUGCGCAGCAACAUCCGCCGCAGGUCCCAGGAGUGGGCUUUGGCCAAGAAGUACGAUCAGUGGACCAUCUCCAGGGCCUGUGGGAAGGACGUGCCCAUGAGGCUGGCCAACAGCCGCUGCACCAUGGAGGUGGCGCGGGAGAAGCUGCGCAAGUAUGUUUUCGACCGCGUGAACGUGCACAACGUGCUGAUCCACUUGGUGCGGCGGCGCGGGCGGAAGCUGGAGAGUAUGCAGCUGGAGCUGGCCGGCCUGAAGAGCCAGCCGGACGCCACCAAGGAAGAACUGCGCCUGCAGCAGGUCAUCCGACAGCUGGAGAACAACAUAGAAAAGACGACGAUCAAGAUCACCACAAGCCAAAAUAUCCAAUUCCUGUACAUGGACCUGCUGGACCACCUGAAAAAGAAGCUGGCAGGAUACCCCACAGAGCUGGACAAGCUGCAGAAUCUCGUGACCAACUACUGCUUGGAGCUGUCGGACAUGACAGUCAUGUCCCAGGAUGCCAUGAUGAUUACAGAUGAGGUCAAGAUGAACAUGAGGCAAGGGGAGGCCACCUUCAUCGAGGAGCGCCGGGCACGAGAGAACCGGCUGAACCAGCAGAAGAAGCUGAUCGACAAGAUCCACACCAAGGAGACCAGCGAGAAGUACCGCCGGGGCCGGCGGGACUUGGACUUCUCCUCCAACCUGAUGGGUCCAGAAACUCUGAAAGUGAGGAAGAGAGAGGCCUCCAAGGCUGACGUUGAAUACCAAACGAAUGUGACUGCUCUGGUGGAGAAGGUCAAGACUGCCGUGCAGUGCUCCCACCUCUGGGACAUUGCCGGACGGUUCCUGGCUCAGAAGGGCACGGAGGAGGACCUGGAGCUGCAGAUGGAGGACUGUGAGGAGAGGCAGGCACAGCUGGAGGCCUUGAUGAAGAAGCUGGAGAUAGAGGAGGCCACGCUCAAGUUCCGCCAGACGCCCAGCUCCGUCAGCUUUAAGUCUGUUGAGAAGAAAAUGAACGAUAUGCUGAAGGAGGAGGAAGAGCGGCUGCAGCUGGCUCACAGCAAGAUGACCAAGAGUCAGAAGCUGCUGCUGACCAUCCAGACCGGCAUCGACAACCUCUACAUCCGCCUGAUUGGCAUUCCCCUACCCAUAGGCCAGAAGGAAGCAGCGCCCUCGACCACCCUGGACAUGUACAGCAAGCUGGCGUACUGCGAGGGCAGGCUGCUGUACCUGGCUGACCGAGUGCAGACGCUGGCUGAAACGGAGGAGGUCAGCACCAAGGUGAGGGAUGUGUUGGAGUCCUCCACACUGAGGGAGAAGCAGAACACCAGGAUCAGCUUUGAGGAGACGGAGGAGGACGUCAUAGAGACCUUCCAGUUCGCCGACGUGGACCACAGUUACGUGCCCUCGCGGGCCGAGAUCAAGAGGCAAGGUCAGCGGCUGAUCGAGGAGAAACUCAAGGUGGCCAAGAAGAAGAAGAAGUGACCGGAGGAGGAGGAGGAGGAGGAGGAGGAGGAGGCCGCCCUGCCCCACACCCCGCCCCCACGCUUGCAUUGCUUACCCAAAUAAACAUUUUCCCAGGAAUUCGGGGCGCCGAGGGGACGCGGAUGCGAGGCAUCACGUGGGGAAGUCUGCAGGGAAGUGGGGGUGCUCGGUGUGGAUCUGGGUCCUGGGGCUCAGGGGCGAGGGUGAGCAGGGGGGUACCAGGCGGGGGCGCGGACGGGGAUCCGGACUGAGCUGAAAUCCGGGGGACAAACUCGUAAGGCGGGACUGCAGAGUCCGAGGCCCUUUGCCUGCACCGCGCCGCUCUCCCGUGACCCUCGCGGUGCUCGGUACCCUCGCGCCCCGAGCCCCGCGCCCCGCGCCCGCAGCAUUCUGCGCAUCCGCACCUCGCGAGCCGUACUCCGGUGACCCUCGCCGCGCCCCGUAGCCGUGCACCUCGCGCGCCGCACUCCCGUGGCUCUCGCGGCGCCCCGUAGCCGCGCACCUCGCGCGCCGCACUCCCGUGGCCCUCGCGGCGCCCCGUAGCCGCGCACCUCGCGCGCCGCACUCCCGUGGCCCUCGCGGCGCCCCGUAGCUGCGCGCCCCGCUGAGCCGGCGCCAAGAUGGCGGCGCUGACGAGCACAGAGCGGCCGCGCCGGGGGCCGUGGGGGCCGGAGCGGAGCCUCCGCAGCUGAGCCCCCGAGCUGCCCUGCAGGCCGGUGUCCGCCCGCCGGAACCCGG